UCUCCUUCCAUCCCAGCAAGGAGSUUUUUGGGGGUUWAGCAGUCUGUUCCUGGAAAGCAAGCCAGCGUCUUCCAGAAGAUGUUUUUUUCCUAGGAAAGAGGCAUCCUGGUGCCUGCCAGCUCCUAAUUAGCGCUGCCGGCCUCGGCGCUGGUCUAAUUGGGGCCAGGGCUGAGCCGUAGAGGCCGGUGUCGUGGCGGCCGUGUUCCCGAGCCAGCGGCCGAGGGCAGCGUGCCAGCGGAUCAGCUAAAGCCCGGGGAUGAUGAGCACCGUCGCAGCUGAGCGCCAGCCGGGGCCGGGACCUGGAGGAGCCGCCGGGGCGCGGUGCCGCGGCUGAGGCGGGUGCGCCGAGCGCUGCCGGACCCCUCAGCCGCCGCUCCGGCCCGGCACGUGGAGCCACCGGGGGCCAUCGCCGCGGCCGGACAAGGCGGAUGGAAAGCUGCAGCCCAGCAGGGAGCCUCGCUGGCCGGCUGACGCCCUCCCGCGCCCUAUGCCCGCGCCCUGUGCCGGAGCGGGCGCCGUCCCCGGCUCAGCCACCCGCCGACCAUGAAGUGCUCGUUGCGCUUCUGCUUCCUCUCGACCGCCUUCCUUCUCGUCUUCGUCAUGUCCCUCCUCUUCACCUACUCCCACCACAGCAUCGCCUACCUGGACCCCGGCGGGCUGGGCGGCAUCCACCGGGUGAAGCUGGUCCCGGGCUAUGCCGGGCUGCAGCGGCUCAGCAAAGGGGGGCUGUACCCCCGGGGCUGCGCCUGCCGCCGCUGCCCGCCCGAGGAGCCCGGGGCCACCGACUGGUUUGACGGGCGCUAUGACGGCGCCGUGUCCCCGGUGUGGACCAAGGAGAACAUGGACCUGCCGCCCGACGUCCAGAGGUGGUGGAUGAUGCUGCAGCCCCAGUUCAAGUCCCACAACACCCACGAGGUCCUGAGCAAGCUCUUCCAGAUCGUGCCRGGCGAGGAUCCCUACCGCUCCCGUGACCCACGCCGCUGCCGCCGCUGCGCCGUGGUUGGCAACUCAGGCAACCUGCGCGGCUCUGGUUACGGGCCAGAGAUUGACAGGCACGACUUCGUGAUGCGGAUGAACCAGGCUCCCACGGUGGGCUUUGAGGGCGAUGUGGGCAGCCGGACCACRCACCACUUCAUGUACCCCGAGAGUGCCAAGAACCUGCCCGCCAACGUCAGCUUUGUGCUYGUGCCCUUCAAAACCCUGGACCUGCUCUGGAUCGCCAGUGCCCUCUCCACGGGCCAGAUCAGGUUCACAUACGCACCUGUGAAGCCUUUUCUGCGUGUGGACAAAGAAAAGGUGCAGAUCUACAAUCCUGCCUUCUUCAAGUACAUCCACGACCGCUGGACGGAGCACCACGGGCGCUACCCCUCCACUGGCAUGCUGGUGCUCUUCUUUGCCCUCCAUGUCUGUGACGAGGUGAACGUCUUUGGGUUYGGUGCUGACAGCCGGGGGAACUGGCACCACUACUGGGAGAACAACCGCUACGCCGGGGAGUUCAGGAAGACGGGGGUGCACGAUGCCGACUUCGAGGCACACAUCAUCGAYAUGCUGGCCAAAACCAGCAAGAUCGAGGUUUACCGGGGAAACUGAGGGCUGAGCCUCCGGCUCCCUGCUYUGCCAGGUCCUGCUGCCUGCGGGGACAGAGGGUGAAGGUCUCCCUGGUGGCCUCGGGCGACGAGCGCCGGAUGGGCAGCGCAGCUCCGCGUUGCUGACAGAGCCACCCCGGUGGCAUUUGGUGCCUCCAGCAGCCAAUCAGGUUCAGAGCUAAAGGAGACUUUUUGCUUUUUUUUUUUAAUUAUAAUUAUUAUUAUUAUUAAGAAACCCAGCUGAGAAAGGAUUUAUAAACACAAUCAGUGACUGACCAGGCGGCAGGGGCGGCCGCCUUGCAUCUCUCUACAGUCAAACCAAAUGCUGCUCUUUUUAAAACAAGACAACCCCCCCGCCCCGAAGCYGUGUGACUUUGGGGAAUCCCUCGAGCGUCGUGUCCGGGACGAGGUGGCUGAGGGAGCUGUGGYGGCUGCGCAGCCUCACCUGUGGAACCAGCUGCUUCUUUUUUCCUUUAUUUUGGUGUUUUUCUUUUACCCACCUGGGGCAGCUGAUGCUGUAGUUUCUCCAGGGAAGGCUCCUGGUACAGGGGAAGGUUCCAGCGCACAGAUCCAUGGUGGGAUGCCAGAAACUGCAGGAAGCCAACCAUCAUCGAUGCUCUGCUGCAGGCUGCCAACUGCUGGCACAGCUGUGCAGGGAGAUUGAAGAAGAACCCUACCUUUGGGGCCCAGCAAUCCCUGUUCUUCUACCUGAUGACUGGGGAAGGGUAGGACAGAUUUCGGGAGUGACUGUACAGAGGCAGCUAAGAAAUCUACAGGAGUAGCAGCCUGGUUCCUCUGGCUGAGCUCUGUGAGCACUUGUAGGAUGCUCAAGGGGUUGUGGGAUGCAGCAGGGUCAAGGAGAAAGGAUUUCCUUUGCUUUCAGGCUGAGAAAAAACAGAUCAGAGAUUAGUGGUGAGUGAACUGUGCUUUYGGUUUUGUGUUGCUCUAAACAGCUCUGGUGAGAAGCUGAAAUCCCAAAGUCUUUGCUCCGUUUGCCACAGUGGCGCUUGGUUUACACCAGUCUGGUACAGCCGGUGCCCUCAGGGUCCCCAGGGCUGCCC